UAAUUUUUCAAAGCAAAAUGGCGAUAAAACAAUUCUUCAAAUAGAAAAGGCUCGGAUGAGUGACAGUAAACGUCUCAACUACGAAUGUGCUCACUCCUCUGCCACCAGCGGCUUCUCUCUUCCUGCAAAGACCUCACCUUUCUUGUCCAAAUUCAUGCUCGUAUAAUCACCUCCGGCUUUAGUUUCAACAUUUCCACCACAACCCAUCUCAUAAAUUUAUACUCUUCUUUCAAAAAAUGCAAUUUUUCUCGCACCCUUUUCGAUUCUACUCUAAAUCCACCUGUAAUCUUGUGGAAUUCAAUGAUCAGAGCUUAUAUCAGAACAAAUCAUCAUCAAGAAGCUCUGAAAAUGUACAGUUCAAUGUUGGAAGAAAAGGGUAUUCACCCGGAUAAGUAUACAUUCACUUUUGUGCUGAAAGCUUGCACUUUAAUGUUUGAUUUUGAAAAGGGUGUCAAGAUUCAUGAAGAGAUAGUGAAUAGGAAUCUUGAAAAUGACGUCUUUAUUGGGACUGGGAUUAUUGAUAUGUAUAGUAAAAUGGGUGAUUUGGAGAGUGCAAGGAAGGUGUUUGAUAAAAUGCCUGACAAGGAUGUUGUAGUAUGGAAUGCAAUGAUAUCUGGGGUUGCGCAGAGUGCAGAGCCGGUAAAGGCUGUUGAUCUUUUCAAGAAGAUGCAAUUUGUUUGUCGAAUUAAUCCUAGUUCGGUGACGUUAUUGAAUUUGUUUCCUGCAGUUUGUAAAUUAAUGGAUAUGAGGGUGUGUACGUGUAUACAUGGUUAUGUGUAUAGGAGAGGGUUUCCAGUUUCGGUUUCUAAUGCGUUGAUUGAUACGUACUCCAAAUGUAAUUAUCCUAGUGCUGCUCGCCGAGUUUUUAAUGAGUUAAGGGGGAAAGAUGAUGUUUCAUGGGGUACAAUGAUGGCAGGUUAUGCAUAUAAUGGGAAAUUUUAUGAGGUUUUGGAAUUGUUUGAUCGCAUGAAGAGGAUGGGCUUGAUGAUGAGCAAAGUAUCAGCUGUAAGUGCAUUGCUUAGUGCUGGUGAAAUGGGCGAUUUAGAGAGAGGGAUUGAAAUUCAUGAAUGUGCAAUGCAAGAAAUGAUUGAUUCUGAUGUUAUGAUUGCUACUUCUUUGAUGACAAUGUAUGCAAAGUGUGGAGUGAUAGACAAGGCUAGAGAUCUGUUUUGGGGAAUUAAGGGAAGAGAUUUGGUUGCUUGGUCCGCAGCAAUAUCUGCUUUCUCACAAUCAGGAUAUCCUCAAGAGGCGAUCUCUCUGUUUCGAGAUAUGCAAAAUGAGUAUUCACAGCCAAAUAAUGUUACUCUGGUGAGCGUGAUCCCAGCCUGUGGAGAGCUAAGGGCAGUGAGAUUAGGAAAGAGUGUCCACUGUCAUGCCAUCAAAGCCACUAUGGAUUCUGAUAUUUCAACGGGAACUGCCUUGGUUUCCAUGUAUGCUAAGUGCAACCUGUUUACUUCUGCACUCAAUAUUUUCAAUAAGAUGCCACUAACCGAGGUAGUGACAUGGAAUGCUCUAAUUAACGGGUAUGUCCAAAUUGGUGACUGCUAUAAUGCAUUAGAAAUGUUUUGCCAAUUAAGGUUAGCUGGAUUAUGCCCAGACCCGGGGACAAUGGUUGGUGUGCUUCCAGCUUGUGCCUUCCUUGGUGAUGUACGGUUGGGGACGUGCUUUCAUUGUCAAAUUAUCAGAUACGGGUUUGAGUCAGACUGCCAUGUGAAAAAUGCUCUAAUUGACUUGUAUGCCAAAUGUGGAAAUUUAUCUUCAGCUGAGUUCAUGUUCAACAAAACUGAGUUCUCUAAGGAUGAGGUGUCCUGGAACACAAUGAUUGCAGGAUACAUGCAUAAUGGACUUGCGAAGGAAGCCCUGUCCGCAUUCUAUUCCAUGAAAUUUGAAUCAUUUCAGCCCAAUGUGGCCACACUUGUGAGCAUCCUGCCUGCGGUGUCACAUUUGACAUACUUGAGAGAGGGCAUGUCUAUACAUGCCUACAUAAUCAAGAGUGGCUUUCUGUCCCAUAAGCCUGUAGGGAAUAGUCUUAUUGAUAUGUAUGCCAAAUGUGGUCAACUUGACCUAUCCGAGCAUAUAUUUGAGGAGAUGAAGAACACGGACAGUGUUUCUUGGAAUGCUUUACUUACAGCAUAUUCUAUGCACGGGGAAGGUGAUCGUGCUCUUUCUGUUUUCUCUCUAAUGGAAAAGAGAGACAUCGAAGUUGAUUCUAUAUCCUUUCUUAGUGUCUUGUCAGCCUGCAGACAUGCAGGCUUGGUUGAAGACGGAAGGAAAAUAUUCCACUGCAUGCGUGACAAAUAUCACAUCGAACCAGACGUGGAACACUAUGCCUGUCUGGUAGACUUGUUAGGACGUGCUGGCUUGUUUAGUGAAAUUAUGGAUCUACUUAAGACAAUGCCUAUGGAACCAGAUGGUGGAGUUUGGGGAGCCUUGUUGGAUGCAUCUAGAAUGCAUUCAAAUAUUGAGAUAGCAGAGGUUGCUUUGAAGCAUCUUGUCAAGAUUGAGCAAGGAAAUCCUGCUCAUUAUGUGGUAUUAUCAAGUUUAUAUUCUCAAUCUGGUAGGUGGAAUGAUGCCGUUCAUACUAGAGUAAAGAUGAAUGACAUUGGAUUGAGAAAGACUCCAGGCUAUAGUUGGGUUGAGGUGAAGUAGGGGGCAUGGAUUUUGUGUAAGUGCAAUAGAUAUUACUCUUUGUUGACUGAUCUGUGGGUGGCAAUCCAACUAGUAAAGAAUCUCCAUGAUUUUGCAGGGUACUUAUAUCUUCAAUAGCUGCAAAAUAUAAAUUCUAGGAUCUACAACUGAUCUUAUGGGUCCCUACAGUUGGGGAAAAACAGAACAUGCUUCAUAAAAAUUACUUCUUCCGUCCCAUUUUGUGUGAGAUUGUCUGACUGGGCAUGAAGUUUAAGUCAUCUCACUAUGGGUAAAAUGGAAGUUUAAAGUUAAUUUGUUUCUAAACAUAGAAGGUUUAGAAACAAAUACACCUUGGUUCCAUCGCCUACUAGUUGGAGCUGCCUGAUACACCCCAUUUUCCACAUUUCUUUGCUCAAGAAGUACAUAGGAAUGUCGGUCCAACAAGUUACCCCGCUGCAAUCACAUGGUGAUGGUCCUCAAGAAGAAGCUAAUCCCGCUGCAAUCACAUGAUGAUGGUCCUCAAGAAGAAGCUAACCCCGCUGCAAUCACAUGAUGAUGGUCCUCAAGAAGAAGCUAUGGACCUCGCAGACAAGGUUUUUAUUGGGGAAGGAGGUAAUAUUGUGAACACAUCAGCUGAGGAGUCCCAGUCAACUAAUACAGUCCUCUGCCAGAUCAUUAUUCCUUCAGAAGCUGAAAAUGUGAGGCACAACAAGGGAAUUAGGAGCAAGGGGAUGAAAGUUGAGACCAACAAUUUUUGGUUGUCCACUUAGUGUCCAGGCAGUGUUUUAGUCCGUCUAAAUUGGGAUUCACGCCAGAAAGUCUCACAUUGUAGUUAAAGACUUCCCUAACAAAGAUGACCCCAUAGUUUGAGCUCAAAUUCGAUAUCUCUGAUUAAGAAUGAAGGAAUACUUUUCAUUCCACCACGACACUCGUUGGUGGAUGAGACCAGCAUUAGCUAUAAAUAAGUAGUUUUACAAAUUCUGCAGCUUUGGCUUUUGAGUCGUGUAUUUCUGAAUUCUUCUCUGGUUCUCUCUCCCUUUCUAUGUCCCUCUCUAUUAGUGUCUGUAUUUGGGUGUAUAUAAAUUGAGUCUCUUCUUAUUGA